AUGGUCGUCUUUUCUUUUCUUCUCCUUUUGACAGUUUGCCACGUGUUAGCGGUGGAUCCCGGAUCUGCUGUUAGACGAGUGGAAGUUGUCAAAGAUCAACAUUUCAAUGACCUGACGGAUUCCGCAAAGGAGCAAGCCUUUACCAAGACACUUUGUGGAUUGCUCUAUGGGAACGAGAAUUGUGGAAAGAGCUUUUUGUCAACCGACGGCAACAUUGUUCAAAACCCAACUGACGAUGAGAAUCUUGAUUUGGUCAUGGACUACGUGAAAGACGGCUCGUUCAACAAAACUGGACAACUCCGCUAUGCCUCCGUACCUGUUGUGGAAGACGAACUCGUGAUGGACAUCCUCAACAUGAUUUAUGGAAAGAAAGAGUACACUUUGCUUCUGAAUAAUCCAACUAAAGAAGAAUUGAGUGCUUUCGUGAGAGACAUGAUCCGGAUUCCUGCUCAGCAAGUCUUGAAGCAACAACUUCUUCACAAGAUUCUGGAGAGUCGCGCUUCGUACGAGAAGUUUGUCAGUCCGAUGCUCGAAAACAACAAAAGACAGCGACUUUUGGAUUUUGCUCAACACCUUUUGGAUUCAUAUCAGAACGGAACACUGUCCACUCAAGAUACUGUGUAUCUUAAUGAGCAACUUCAGAAUUACGCGUUUUUCGAUAGACCACAGGAUAAAGAAUUCAGAGCAAUGGUUGAUAAGCUGAUGAGGGUUUUCGGGAAAUCGAUUAAUCUUGCUGAUAGAGAUGGACUUGAGACUGGAACCGACACUGAGCAAUUGGAAACCACUUUGACGCCUUCUGUUGCUUUUGGUUCUGAUGGAAACGAAAAUUCCUCAAAUCACAGAGACUUUGAAAGUAAAGAAGCUAUUAAAACCACGACUGGUUUCGCCACGACUACUGCAUUCACUGCCGGACCGUAUACUACUGGAGGAUCUGAUUCAACAACUCGUUACACAAUAACCACUGGAGGAACCACGGGAAGACCACAAACUACUGGAGGACCUACUGUAUUCACUACCGGACCGUAUACUACUGGAGGAACCACCGGAGGACAAACGCAUUAUACAACCGCACCCUAUCCACCUGGGCAGCGUACAACUGGGCCCUACACCACUGGAGGAACCACAGGACCAUACACGACUGGAGGAACAACAGGACCAUACACCACUGGUGGAACCACAGGACCAUACAUCACUGGGGGAACCACAGGACCAUACACCACUGGAGGAACAACAGGACCAUACACCACUGGAGGAACAUCAGGACCAUACACCACUGGGGGAACCACAGGACCAUACACCACUGGAGGAACAACAGGACCAUACACCACUGGAGGAACAUCAGGACCAUACACCACUGGGGGAACCACAGGACCGUACACCACUGGGGGAACCACAGGACCAUACACCACUGGUGGAACCACAGGAUCAUACACCACUGGAGGAACCACAGGACCAUACACCACUGGUGGAACCACAGGACCAUACACCACUGGUGGAACCACAGGAUCAUACACCACUGGAGGAACCACAGGACCAUACACCACUGGAGGAACAACUAGCAAUCCAAACCACAGACGGGCUUUGGCUGAUGAGCACUAUCCAACUGGAAAAGUUGCCGAAUAUACCAUGACGACUCCAUUGUCCGAAAAAGUUAUGGAAGACGAAGUCAGCUCUAAAGAUCCAGUAAGAAGUUUCAACAAUGCUCCGGAGCAGUCGGUUAACAGCACCACGAGCUCUCCAAAACUGACACAUGACUCGGAAGGUUACGCGAAAUCUAUGAUGACCGCGGAGACAGAUGAACCACUCGUAUACGUCCAGGAAGGUGCAAACGCCGACAAGGUUCCUGGAUCCGCCAUGAAAGCUGACAUCGAUGAUGAGAAAAAGACCAACUCCUUUUUGAAUAUGGAAAUGGAUUUGAAGUCGACCCGCAACAUGGGUGGCAUGGUGGAUGAGGAAACUGCCAAACCGCCGUCGGCGUAA